GUAUGCUGCCGUUGCUGAUUGAACCAACCAGUCAGUUAGACAUUCAGUCAUUUAGUCUGUCAGCUCGCCAGUCAACCGUCUGUCCAUCCAUCCAUUCAUUCACCAUUUUCCCCCUCACAGUCGUUCGUACACAUCUGUUAGCUGCUUGGUUGUUUAAUAGUUUAGUGUUGUGUUGUUGCAGAACCUCAAGUCAACCAAAUGUAGAGACAAGAAGAUACAUACAUAUUUACAUAUACACACACGCAUAUCUGCAUGUGAACAACGCUAGCAGUCCUAGCAGCAGCAACAGCAAUAGCAACAAUACUACCAUCCAAGCAGUUAAGUACUACAACCAAAGAGCCAGCCAGCCAGCCAUUCAACGCAAAAUGAGCGAGAACGAAACGUACGUAAAACAAUAAAAACAAAAAAUAACAGCAGCAACAACAUGCAAUACAACCAAACUACCCAAACGACAUCGAAUCGCAGAGUUGCUGAGUGAGUGCCAGUGGCAGAGGCUGCAGAGCAUGAAUGCCACCGCCGAGGCAGGGGCAGCGCCUGAGACGACAACGAUGACGAUGACUAUGGCUAUGGCUAUGGCGACGACGACGACGACGACGACGACGACUACAAUGAUUACGAUUACGGACGGGCGGCAAUUGCUCGCGACGCUGUCUGCCGCCCGUUUAGGUAUCCGAUAGAUACGGCGCUGCGCUGACAUAUCGGCGGACGCGGUCCGUGUGAAUUUCGCCGCUGCUAUAGUGAAAAAUUAUAAAUUACAUUUUCUAAUGGGAAAAAUGCACAGAAAAUUGCAAAAAUUAUAAAAUAAUUGUGAAAUAAUAAAAGGCCAAUGUGAAAAUUGUGAAAUAGUUGCGAAAAAACAUUGAAAAAGGCCAUAAAAUAAACAAAUUUAAAAUGAAACGAAGCGGCGGCGCCGCCGAAUGGUGAAUUAAAAUGAAGAAGGUGCUGUGAAAAAAUCUAUAAGCAUAGUGAAGAAGAGCAGUGAAAGCCAAACGAGAAACCGAAAAAAUACAUAUCGUGGAUAUGUACUAAAAAAAAACAAAAAAAAAAGAAAUUGUAAAGCCAACGAAAAAGAAGAAGAAGCUAAAGUGGAGUGGAAGUGGUAAUAACGCGAGUGGAAAUCGUUCGCAAUUGAGCGAUUAGUUUUAGUAUUGUGCAUUUCCACUGCGGCGAAGAAGAAAAGUGUAAGAAAAAAUUUGGUGGAGUACAUAAUCUGAAUUCGAAGUAGAAGCGACUAAAAGUGGUGGCCGUGGUAACAGGAGCAGCAACAGUAUCAGCAAAAGUUGAGGUGCCAAAUCCAAAGGGGCAGAAAUAACAAGAAAAUAAAAGCCACACCACCACCACCAGCCGCUGGAAUACAAGGCUGGUGGUAGCAGGGGCUGGUUGGCUGGUUGGCUGGCUGGCGGCACCUAUUGUACAUAUUUGUAUGUGUAUGAAUUUGUGGAGAAACGGUUAUACAUAUACACAUACACAUACGCAUGUACUUGCAACGCCAGGCAAAGCAAAUUGCCGCAGCUAAAAGCGAAAAGCUACAACAAAAAUGACAGGAACGCAGUGAAAAUCUGUCUCUGUAUUUGUAUUAUUGUCAAAAAAUUUUAAAAAUGUAGAAAUAUGCGAAGUAAAAAGUAAAUACUAAUAAAUUGUGGGAGUAAAAUUGAGGCAGCUGGAAGCGCACAAAAUCUACAAAAGGUGGAAAUAAAAAGCAAAUUGACAUUACGCACAUUUGGCAACAAAAGCGGGGAAGGAGUCCCAGGAAUAUAUAAAAUAUAUUGUUCGAAGGAGAAUAGCAUUUAACGAAAUUUUGUUCUUGACAACUUUCAAGUCACUGUGGCGUGCAAGGCGUAGUUAGCAAAUAUAAUUCCUCUUGUGCAAACGUCGAAAGAAAAGCCUUCAAAAUUAAACGCAACAAUAAAAAGAAACCCCACAGCAAUCAUCCAUCCAGUUUGAUGAAAAACAUGGACAAAAAUGCCGGCGGCGACGGUAGCGAUGGCAAAUCGGGUGUCGGCGUCGGUCUGGGUGGUGGCGGCAGUGGUAAGGCCGGCUCUAGCGCCAGUGGGGGCGGUGGAGCCGGUGUGCAUGAUCCCUCCGCAUUGUUGGAUGCCGCCUCGUUAUUUGCCUACUGGGGUCGCGAUCCAGCAACUGCCGCCGCAGCCGCUUCCAAUCCGCUAUUUAAUUCGCAAUUUAAUGCCGCUGCGGCAGCCGGCCUGGGCUUAUUGCAGAACCCGGCUAGCGCGGCAAAUGAUCGCUAUUCGAUAGCAGCAGCUGCAGCGGCCGCCGCGUCACAUCAUCAUCAGAAUACCAUGGCGGUGGCGGCAUCACAAGCAGCUAGUCUGGCUAGCCUGCACCCAGCAAGUGAGUUAAACUGUUGGUGGUCUAUGGCUCAACUGGCAGCUCAAGACUACUUCACCCGUCUGCAAGCUUCUGGUCUGUCGCCGUUUGCGCAUCCCGAUGUGAUGGCUGCUUUUGGUCCAGCGGCACUGGGCCUAGGUGGAGCAACCGGUGCUGGCGGUACAGGUGUGAACAGCGCUGGGGGCGGUGUCGGUGCUUUGGGCGCUGGCGCAGGUGGAAGCAAUGUUGGCAGUGGCAACAGUGCAUCGUCUAGCAGCAAAUCGAGCAAAUCCCGCAAAGAGAAACGUCAGCAACAGCAGCAGCAACAACAACAGCAACAACAAAAUCUAGCUGCAGCAGCAGCGGCGGCAGCAGCAGCAGCAGUAAGUGCUAAUCCUGCCGCCGCCUUGGCCGGUAUGCACGGACUGGUCGGUGCUGGCGGAUCGCUCAAUCCCUCCUCGAUGGGUAUGGUUGGUAGUGGCAGCACAGGCAACACCACUGGUGUUGGUGGUAGCAGCGGCGGCAGUAGUUCGUCGUAUAAAUCGAGUUCAACCAGCUAUAGUAAACCGUCGGUGAGUCCAGUUCUACCGCCACCGCCCGGUUCGGCAUACGAUCCGGUGCAGCUGCAUAAAGAACUGAUGGCAAUGCAAGCGGCCGCAGCAUCUGGUAGCUCUUCCAGUUCCUCAUCAUCGAAGAAAUCCUCAUCGCACCACCAUACACAGUCACAUCAGAGCAGUAGCAGCGGCAGCGGUGGUGGUAGCAGUGGCUUAGGCAUGUCCAGUGGAGCUUCCACUUCCCUUGGCGGCAACAACAGCAGCAAUAGCUCAAAUAAAAACUCUUCAAUGAGCAGCGUCAGCAAUGCGGCAAUGCAUCAUUUGAGUGCGCUAGGCGGCAAUGUUGGUGGAAGCAAUUCAACGGCGCACCACAUCAAUGCGUUAAUGUCGCCGCAUGGCUCAUUGGGCGCCAGCAGCGGUAUGGGUAGUGGAGGUAGUAAUAUGGGUGAUGCUAGGAGUAGUGCUGGCAGCAACAGUUCGGCUUCGAGCAGCAAAGCGGAGCGGGACAAAAACAACGCUUCGCUAAAUGCGCUCAGUUCGCUCUCACAAUUCGGCGCACUCGGCAUGAGUCCGCAGCAAAGUAUGCAAGCGGCAAUGAAUGCGUUUGCUGCAUCCAAUCCAGCAGCUGCGGCCGCUGCAGCAGCAGCAGCCUCGGCGGCAGCAAGUGGUGGCAAAGGUGGCAAGGAUUACAUGCCAACGGGUAUACUCAGUGCUGCACUGGAAGGAAAUGAUCAUCAAUCCCUGCUGGGUGUACGCCUGCCGCCCGAUACGGAGAUUAUCAAGUACACGUCGUCCAUUGUGGGACCAAAAAUACCCGGUACUACUUCGCGUGGUCGUAAAAAGACUAUUUCAGACGAACAACAACAACAACAAUUACUUGCACAACAACAACUCCAACAACAACAACAAUUGCAAAAACAAGAGCUAGACGCCACAACAAAUGCACUCUCCUCUCUGCUUGCAAUUCCAGGUCUGAGCCCGGCCAAGCGGGCUAGACUCGAAAUGGAGUAUGCAGCAAUGGCGGCGGCGGUGAAUGUCGCCCAACAGCAACAACACCAGCAACAGGUGCAGCAGCAGCAACAGCAACAUCAACAACAGCAGGCUCAGCAACAGCAGCAACAACAACAACAGGCUCAGCAACAGCAGCAGCAGCAACAACAGCAGCAACAACAACAAUUACAACAGCAACAUCAACACGCUUUGAAUAUGGCAGCCGCUAGUGGUUUUGGUGGCAUUGGUGUUGGCGGUACAAAUGCAAGUUCGGCAGCCCAAGCGGCCGCAGCUGCAGCGGCUGCGGCUGCCGCGCUUGGACAAUUAAGUGGUCCGGCUGCUGCAGCUGCACUAAGUGCCAGUGGUCUUGGCAUGGGGGCACCGAUGGGUCUUCCCGGUUUGGGCGGCCUGGGUGGUCUCGGCAGUGUCGGUGGUGUUGGAGGCUUAAGCAGCACUGGACGUCUAGAUCCACAUUCGAUGGGUCCAACUUCACUAAGUGCUACGUCCAGUAAUAGUCGUGACUCAUCAACAGAUCGCGUGGAAGUGAUAAAAUUACCGCCCACAAUCACCUCAAAUGGCGCCUACAAUUUAUCAAAUAAAAAUAAAGACUUGCUCGAUCUGACGGGCGACAAUAGCAGCGGCGCGGGUGUGAAUCUCAGUAUGAAAUCAUCAUCGUCUGCCACAUCAACGGCAAGUAAUGCCGCAGCAGCAGCAUCGGCGCUGAUCGGUACAGCUGCUAAUCCCAUUAUGAUCGAGGACUACGAUGCCCCGUUGAAUUUGUCAAUGAAACCAGCUGACAAGCAGAGUUCUGCAGGUGCCAUGGCAUCAUCUAUGAUCGGUGGCAGCAGUGACUACAGCAGCCCAGUAAAUAUGGGCGGCACUGUGGCGGUUCCUUCAGGAAGCGGUGGUUCGAAUAGCUUGCAAAGUCUGACCUCGAUAACUGCAGCGCUGGGCGGCGGAAGCACCACCCCACUACCAUGUGGCGGUGGCGGCAGCAGCGGUGGCAAUACGGGAAGCAGUGGCUCGGCCGGCUCUAGCGGUGGGGGAAGCAGUGGCGAUCGGUCAGGACAAGCGCCGUUUAAGGAGGGGCGACCACGCAACCUGGGGCGUGGCGUGUCUAAGCCGAAAAAGAACACAGUUGCUUCGCUGUUGGCGCAGUCACGGGCAGUGGGUAUAAAACCAAUGCUAGCCACACAACAGUUGCUCCAACAAGGCGCCGAUUUGGAAAAAAUUCGACAGGCGCUAAAUGAAGCGAACGCACAACUGGACCUUUCCACAGAUUCUGAAAGCGUCGCAGCGGAAAGUGGUCUCUCCGAAUCUGAGAGCGAAGAUGCAAACAUUCUAAAUGUGACCGAGUUGCGCGUGCCGCUCGAUUUGGGUUGGAAGCGUGAAACAGUCAUACGUGGGCUAACCAAAGCGGGUCAGAUACGCGGGGAGGUGGUGUAUUAUGCCCCCGGUAGCACAGUGGCGCUCAAGAACAUUGGUCAAGUGAUCUCUCAUUUGGAGAAGAAUCCAUCGAAGCUAACGCGCGACAACUUCAGCUUCUCAUCCCGUGCUAUUGUUGGCUCAUUUUUGCAGCCCGCACCUCCGCCAUAUGCCAACGAUGGUGAAUACAUACGCAUGACAGAUGAAGAUGUAGCCAAACGUUUGGAGGAUUUAAAAAUUUUUACGCGUCAAACAUUGAAUGUGGAACAGCGUAUUGAGAUCGCUAAGCAACAACAGGCCAUACGCGAUGCAAAAAAGCAACAAAAAGAAGAGAUGGCGCGCAACAAAGAAAAAGCACGGCAGGAAAAAAACGAGAAGCUUGAGCAGCAACGAAAAGAAAAGGAGUUAAAAAACCAGCAAAUGAUUGAGGCACGCAAGAAGCGUCAAGAAGAACUAGAACGCAUCAAGCAAGAGGAGCUGCUCAAGAAACAACAGGAAAAAGAAAAGAAACGACAAGAAGCUAUUUUAGCUAAAGAACAGGAACUCCAAAAACAGAAAGAGGCAUUACUUGCCGCGGAAUUGGAACGUGAACGCCGUCGUCAACAUAUGGCACUUGUGCGCCAGCUGGAGGCGCGCCGUAAAUUUGUAGAGCGUGAAAAGAAAAAACAUCAAAUGAUUUUAGAUCGUCUGAUAUUGCGUGAGAAGCGCAUGGCUAUUAGAAAGCGUGAUUCAGAAAUUUUGGCACAAAUAAGAAAACCACAAGAAGACUCUGAAGUUACACAUCCUCAUGAGUUAGCCGAAUUGGAACGCAUCGGUGGCAAUCGUUUGCCCGGUCAAGCUAUGGCCGAUUUGCUGAUGGUUUUCGAGUUUUUGCACAACUUUGGCGAAACAUUAGGAUUUGACAUGGAGUCACUUCCCACUCUGCAGAACCUGCAUGAUGCUCUAAUUAGUGACAGCAAUCCCGACGCUGAAGAGGAGCUGCUAUCUGUGAUGACUCAUCUGUUGGUGUGCGCCAUCGAAGACCCGGGCAUACCGAAUCCCGGUCGCCACACCACACUCCUCGGACAAUCGUUGCGUAACGCCGAUAUUACCAACUCCAACGUUUCGGAGAUUUUGCGUAUUUAUCUAUAUGCCACUGCCACCGGUGAGAUACGUCAAUUGCACGGCAUAACAAUGGAUCGUGAGCGUGAACGUCGUAUACCCGAUCAUCAUCAGGUGGACGCCGAAACCGCCUCACAUUCGGGUAAAAACGCCGAAUACUAUAAACUGCUACAUGAAAAUGAGACGUGGAAAUUGUCGCAUUCGCUCAAGAAUCGUCCCUUCGUUGCAUUGAAUCCCACAAGAAAGGCGCAAAUACUGGCACAUCUUUGCAAUGAUCUGCUUAUGAAUAAGGCAGUGCUAAAACAGAUCGAUGGUAGUUUAGAGACAUGCGCUCAAAUGCGUAAAGAGAAGUACAUGACCGACAUGAAGGUACGCAAAUACAAGGCGUUGCAUCAACGCAAGGCGCGCAUCGAGGCGUACGAGAAGGCGCAGGCAGAACGCGAGGCGGCAAUGCAAGCAGCCAUUGCAGCACAGCAGAAGGCCGAUGCCGAACGUAUGCAGAAAGAGGCUGAGGCAGCAGCUGCUGCGGCGGCGGAAGCGGCGGCAAAUGCAGCAGUGGCUGCGAAUGCGAAUACAGCAACAGAGAAUACGGGUGACGAAAAAGACGGUGACGGUAGCAAAACCAAUACGGCUGCAGUUGAUGGUGCUAAUGGCGGCGAUGCGUUGUCAAGUAGUAAUGCUAAUAAUCCGGUCACGCCGGAGAGUGCAGAGCAUAACAACAGCAGUACUACCAACAAUGGUGAGAAUCAUAACAAGGAAGUGAAUGAUACAAUCGCCGCACAAUCUGAAAAGAUGGAUGUAGAUGGAGAGACGGCAUCAAUCAAUAACGGUGAAGACAGCAACGCCGCAAAGUGUGACAACAAGGAGCAGUCAAUGCCUGUGGCAGUGACCAUAAAUGCGUCUGCAACAACUACUGUCGUUGGCGCUAAUAACGCUUCAGAUGUGCCGCCGCCACAUAUGCUACAGACGCCAUCGUUGCCAAACGUUUUCGACGGCCUUAAAUAUGAUGUGAGUCCCACAAAAAGUUACACUAGUGACAGCGCGGUUACACCCUGUAAGCAACUGAAGCCGGAAGAGCCAGUGCUAGGGACGACACCUGCUUAUCACAAUGGCGUCAGCAAUAUGCCAGGCAGUUUGCCAGCCGUUUGUGUACCAGCGACGACCGUUCCAACAACAACACCGUCCGAUUUGAGUAAUCUGUUACCAAAAAAGAGUGGUAAUGAAGAUGUACCAGCCGAUGUGGGAUUGGAUGAUGAUCUCAGUGAUUUGGAAUCGGAGAUAACGAACGUUGAGGAAGAUGAGGACAAUCGAUUGAGCGCGGAUGAGUUGCAAAAGAAAUUGGACAAGAUAUUACGCGCGUCAAUGAAUUGCAAGGAGCUACUGGAGAAGAGUACGAAUCAGCUGCGUGCCACUUGCUUCGGCCAAGAUCGUUUCUGGCGACGCUACUGGAAAUUGCCGAAGGCAGGUGGUAUCUUCAUCGAAGCAUUGGAGUCGGCACAAAAUGAUAUAUUCCACUACCAGGAAGUGUUAGAGGCAGAAGCGGAGGAAGAACGCGCUGCUAAAUUGGCGAACGGUGAAACUGAGGCUAAAGAUGAGUGUAAAGAGGAACAGGGUGAUGAGAUAGGCGCGGAGACGCAGAAUGUCGAUGAACAUGGAGAAGAAUGCCAGAUAGAAAGUAAGAGGGAUAGUACUGAAAAAGCUCUUGAAACUACCGAAGACCACAGUAUGGAAGCCACAGCGAUAGCCGUGAAGGACGACGAUGAAAAGAUGCAAGUUGACAGCGUCGCGGAGGUGACAACGACCAAUUCAGUUGCCACCAACAACACCAACAACAAUACCAAUGGCAACAAUACCAAUACCGUAGAUGUUACGCUCUCAGCAGUGAUAGACGACGACGACGACGAUGUCGUGCUCACCAGCAAAGACGAACCGGAGAUUGUCGAUUUGCGGGAUGACGACGAUGAUGAUGAUGAUGUCGUGCACACAGCAACCAUACCAGCGCCGAAACGCAUGGACAUUGAUGCGGACAACUAUGGUCUAGCUAAGAAGCCACAUAUCGACGCAGCGACCAUUUCCACUAAAACGGACUUCGAGGCGGAGAUCAAAAUACCCGCCAUUCCAGCGCAAUUCAAUGCAGCCAUCGCUGCUGCUGCCGCCGCCGCAGCCGCUGCGGCUGCAGCCAAUGCGAAUGCAACAAAUGCCAUUGUGGCUAAUGCUAUCGGCGAAAAAAACUGUGAUAAAAAUGAGAUUACAAUGUUGACGCCGUCGCCGUCACCGAUGGGGAUGUCGAUGCCUACACCGACCCCAACACCAACACCAAUCCCAACAUCCAUGAUAAUGCCGAUGCCAUUGCCAUUGUCCAUGCCGUUGUCUAUGCCAAUGCCGUUACCGUUGCCGAUACCGCUGCCAGUGUCAACGGCUGCGCAAAUGAGCAGCAACAAUACAAUAGUCAGCUGUAGCAACAACAUUAGCAUUAGCGCACCCAGCAUUAGCAGUGUAAUGCCCAGCAUUGGCGGUUUGGAUGUGAGCAGCACAACAUCAGCCAUCAUCGACAGCGUUGUGAAGGCAGAAGACUUAAAGAAGGAAGACGACUGCUUCAUUGUGUCUGCGACAAGCGGUGAUGACGCACUCUUCAAACAGCCGGUAAAUGUCUCAGAUAAGUGGUUUUCGAUACUCGAUCGCGAUUUGCCAUUGAUGUCGACCGAACCGAUGGAUGAAGCAAGCCUCAAAGAGUAUAAGAUGGCUUUCGCAAAUGUCUCAUGCGACUCUCUCUUCCAGACACAGGGCCAUCCUUGGGAGGUGCAGAAUGUCGUGCAGUAUUUCAACGUGACUCUGGACGAUUGCAAAGUGGACCCAGCCAAAUUCGUGCAGGAGUGCAUUCUUUCACUUUCCGGUCUGGAUGAGAAGCAAAUGGAAGCGAAGAUACGUGAGUACGAGAAGAAGAUGUUGUUAGCUGCAGCUACGGCAGCUGAAGGUGUGGACAGCAUAGAGGCUGCGAUAGCAUCACCGGCGGAGUCAAAAAACUGCCUGGAUUCUCCUCGUCAGCGAUUGAAGAGUGAGGAAGCGGCGGAUAGCGGUGAUGAGGAGGAGAAUGACCAAAAGUACGAGAAUGAUUGUAAACCAUCCACAUCCGCAGCAGGCGCUGCCGCGACUUUGUCAUCAUCUCCCGCUAUUAAAACCGAUGUAACGAAAAGUGAAGGUAUCGAGGAGGAGCACACCGAAGACAAGAAGUUUUUUCCCUUUUUGAACGAUACAAAAAUGGACAGUGGCGGUAAUGGUGAGUGUAAGCCGACCAAAGACGCCAUCGAUGGUGCCACAAACGAAGCCAAAGAGAACGACUUCAAUACAGUCAGACUAGAAAUACGCAUGGACGACAUUGCUGGCAUGUCCAUACAAAAUUUAGCAAAUAUGUCGUUGCAAAAUCUCACCACAUUCCUUCAAUACGAUGUACAAACGCCGCUCUCAAUGACACCAGAAGAACAAAAACUGCUGGACAAAGUGAAGAAGGAGGGUUACCCCAAGAAAAUAACCGGCACAUAUGUGCCGCGCGAUUUGCGCUACGGCUGGUGGAAGUUGGAUACUUUCGAAAUGCUGCAGCGCGUCAUCGAUUCCCUGGAUCCGAGCGGCUUGCGUGAACGCGAUUUACAAGAGAACCUUAUGCGCUUCAUGCAACAGGAGGAUCCCACCAUUGGCAUCAAGUACCCAAUGGCAAGCAAACCUGGCGAAGAUGCCACUUACAUGGAGCCCGACAAGCCGCACGAUUGGAAUCCAAAAAUAGCCAAACGUACCGAACUUGCACUGCUCGAUCAACUUGAAGCGUUGGAGGACAAAAUAGCUAGCGCUUCAAUGCAACUGAAGAACUGGCAGCUGCCACCUCGCAUCGAAAGCGAAAUCAAUCUCGAACUUGAAGAUGUAACCGAGGAAGACUUCAUCAGCAUUAUACCAAUGAUACGUGAACGCAUCAUUGAUUUGGAGGCCAACAUCGAGCGACGCUACUUGAAGCCGCCACUUGGCUCACAGACAGGUGAUGCGCAUUUAGCGGUAAUUGCGCAAAAUCAACACACCACUACACAAACGCAAAAUUCAGCAGCCGCUGCUGCAUUCCUGAUGCAAAUGCAACAACAGCAAGCGGCUGCUGCACAACAACAGCUCAUCAAUAUGCAACAACAACAAACACAGAAUGUAAUCAAUGCUUCGGCGUUUAAUGAGCGUGCAAUGGCAAUUGCAGCUGCCAAUGCUGCCGCGGCCGCAGCAGCUGCUGGUAAUGCGAGCGGAGAUGCAGCGGGCGGGCAUACAGCAAACACCAGUGGCAAUAAUUCAGGUGGCGAUUCGCCAGCAAGCAACUGUGACAGCGAAAAGGAUGAGAAGGUGGAGAAUAUACCCAAAGGUUUGGCGUCGUGGCGGGACGCGGUGUCGCGUUCACACACCACUGCACAAUUGGCGAUGGCGCUUUACGUGCUGGAAUCGUGUGUGGCGUGGGAUAAGAGCAUAAUGAAGGCGUACUGCCAGUUCUGCACAUCUGGCGAGAAUGAGGAUAAAUUGCUGCUGUGCGAUGGAUGCGACAAAGGCUAUCACACCUACUGCUUCAAGCCGAAAAUGGACAAUAUACCCGAUGGCGAUUGGUAUUGCUAUGAGUGCGUCAAUAAGGCGACGAAUGAGCGUAAAUGCAUUGUCUGUGGCGGUUUGCGGCCUUCGCCCGUUGGCAAAAUGAUCUAUUGCGAUUUGUGUCCGCGUGCCUAUCACGCAGACUGUUACAUACCACCGUUGUUGAAAGUACCCCGUGGCAAGUGGUAUUGCCAUGGCUGCAUCACGAAGGCGCCACCACCGAAGAAGCGUACCAGUAGUAAGCCGCGACGUGAUCGUGAUUCUUCGAAGCGACGCGAUCGUCAUAGCAAUUCGUCGACAUCAUCGAAUAUUGAUAUCCAACAACAGCAGCAACACCACCAUCAACAGCAGCAGCAGCAGAAUCAUCAACAGCAACAACAACAACAGCAGCAGCAUCAGCUCCAACAACAACAGGCUGCGGUUCUAGCGCAGGCGCAGGCCAUGGCAGCUGCCUCGGCGGAUCACCACCUGCAUAAUUCAUCACAGCUUUCGCUGAAUUCGUCGCAUGACGAGUCGAUGACCUCGUUACCGACGCCGCUCAGUCCGGCGCAUUCCAUUGCUUCCACCUCAUUCGAUGAACAGCACAAUAACUCGAUUGAUGCUACGCGUUUUCAGCAUCAGCAACAACAAAUGGUUGGCAACAAUGCUGCAAUGGCAAUGGGCAUGGGAGUUGGCGCUGGUCUAAGUGUUGGCGCCCCAGUAGGUAUAGUGCCAGAUGCAAGCAACACGGGCAACACAACGCCUGUACACAACAACAUCCAUGCUUCACAUUUGCCGAACAACGACUACACGGCAAUAGAUGGCUGCACAGAUAACGUUCAGUCGGCAUCGGCCGCCUUGUUAAACCCAAUGACUGGUAGUGUCCUGCCACUUUCGUCGCCAAUUUACAAUAGCACGACACCCAAUGCGACUAUGCAAAGCUAUGUUACGGCCCAAUCGACGCUGACGCAUUCACUGCCUGUCAGUGGCAUUUUAAUGCCGCAUAUGACGCCAACACUACCAACAGUAAGUACCGGUGCUGGUGGUGCAGGUAAUGUGACGACCACAAAUUACAUGGCACUGACGGCCAGUCAGCAGCAACAACUGGCACAGCUGCAGCUAAAUAGCAAUGGUGCAGUGCAGCUACCGCCGCCGUCGCCUUACAAUGCAGUCGCGCAAUCGCCGCUGCCACCACCAUCACUAUUACCGCCCACCAGCGUCAUCAGCACAUCCCCCCAACCUUCUACAUCAUUACCGCUCAUUAUGCCACCAACAUCCAUUGCAUCGCUUGGGCAACAACAGCAGCCACAAUUAUCGCCGCUAUUGCAAUCAUCGAUUUUGUCACCUCAACACUGCAGCAAUCAUGCACCCACAGUGGCAAUGCAGUCGCCGCGCGCCAGUACACCUACACAACACUCGCCACAAACGAUUGGGCCGCACUCGCAGUCACAAUCGCCGGCUGCCCAUCAGUUUGGCGCUCUCUCGCCGAUGACGUCAUCGCCGAUGAGCCAAUGUGGUACGCCACAACCGCCGCCUCCCCCGCCAUUGAAUAUACACGCAGUGCAAGAGGCGAAAGAAAAGCUGAAGCAAGAAAAAAAGGAGAAGCAUGCAACCAAAAAACUGAUAAAGGAGUUGGCUAUUUGCAAAACAUUGCUCGGUGAAAUGGAGCUGCACGAAGACUCAUGGCCAUUUUUGUUGCCAGUGAAUACUAAACAGUUUCCGACUUACCGUAAGAUUAUUAAAAAUCCCAUGGAUUUAUCUACAAUCAAGAAACGCUUACAGGACUUGACCUAUAAAAGUCGCGAAGACUUUUGUGUUGACGUGCGCCAAAUAUUCGACAACUGUGAAAUGUUCAAUGAAGAUGAUUCGCCGGUCGGCAAGGCGGGUCAUGGAAUGCGCAAAUUUUUCGAGCUGCGCUGGGCUGAGUUGACUGAUAAGCACUCAUGAUAUCAAAUACAUCACCACCUCAAGUAUUCUAGUGAUUAAGAAAGGAAAAGUAAGAAAAUCAGAAGAAGAAGAAGCAAAUAAAAAAUAAAAAUAAAAUAUUGGAGCAGUAAAUUUCUAAUUUAUUUGGAAGGAUAGGAAAUUAUUGCAAAGAAGAAAAGGAGAAGAAAGGCAAAAAACUCAAAAAUCAGAAAUUUUUAAAUAUUCAACCAAAAUAAAUGGCAUUAAAAACUCAUAAUUAGAAGCAAGGCAAAAAUUUUAAGCAAAAACAAAGCAAACAAAAAAAACAAGAAAUUUAAAAAACAAAGCAUUUUCGGCA